GUGACCGUGCUGGAUAUUGUUGUUGUUGGUCGGUUGUAGAGACAAAUAAUAAUCUAUCUUUUUUCUUUCUAUCUUCUUCUGCACUCUCCUUCUUCUACUAUUUUAUUCUUUCUCUCACCCUUUAUCACCACAAACCCUACUUCCACAACUGGUUCCUGAGCCCUCCCAUACUCUGCGCCUCUCUUUUCCUACCUUCCCCACUCUCCUAUUUCAUGGACGUGGACAUAGUGAAGACUUCCGCGUGUGACACCACCAACAUGGACAUGAUGGCAAUGAUGAUGCAAAUGGAAAAGUUCCCUGAUUUCUGCGACCCUUUUUAUACCCUUUACCAAGAAACCGACCUAUUAUCAAGUGGAAGCGUUUCCACCGUAUUCAACAGUAUAACUCCACCGACUCUCACCGAUCCACCACAAUCAAAUGUUAACUUCUUCAACAACAACAACAACAACAACGUUAUCCAACAACAACACAUGACGACAACACUACCGUCGCAUGACACUUUGGAGAAAAAGAACUCGAUGGCGGCGAUGAGGGAAAUGAUAUUCCGAAUAGCGGUGAUGCAACCGAUUCACAUAGACCCGGAAUCGAUUAAGCCACCAAAGAGAAGGAACGUGAAGAUUUCGAAGGAUCCACAGAGCGUGGCUGCGAGGCACAGAAGAGAAAGGAUAAGCGAGAGGAUAAGGAUUCUUCAGAGAUUAGUCCCUGGUGGCACGAAAAUGGACACGGCUUCGAUGUUGGAUGAGGCCAUUCACUACGUGAAGUUCUUGAAGAAACAGGUGCAGACGCUGGAACAAGCAGGGGCAAAUAGACCACCACACAAUAAUAAUGCUGUUCCUAUUGGUGGUGUUGUUAGUUUCCCUCUUGGAAUUUCUAACUCCAAUGCUAAUUAUUCUUCUUUGUUCAUGAAGGGUUGUCAACCUUGUCAAAUGUUGGGUUCCACUUCUAAGCAAUUGCUCAGUUGAGAGGAUUUAUUUGCUUGUUUUGUGAUGAAAGAAGCAAUGAGUUAUGUAAUGUUAAUUAAUUGGUGUAUGUAUGCAUGGUUUGGCCUAGUGGAUCGUCAAGAAAAUUUUUAUCCAUGUUAUGGCCAUUCUUGAAAUGAAUUUCUUUUGCUUUCA